AACGGCGGCGGGCUUACGGGGCCGCGCGCUCGCUAUAUACCUCGUUGUGUUGUCAUCACUCCCGUGUGUCUCCUCCGUACCUAUCUCUCUCGGCGUCGUCGUCGUCGUCGUUGCCGCCGCCGCCGCCGCUGUCCGACGUCCGUCCGCGUCGCCGUUACGAUUUUAUCGUUUGCGUUAACGUUCACUGUCACCCGGUCGCCGCGAUUUUGCCCGUCCGACCGUCGUUUUCGUCGUCAAACGCCGCCGUUUCGCCGUUUUCCGCGGUUGCCGUCCGGACGAAAUCUCCGCGGCGUCUACGGCGCCGAAAAACCGCGUACUCCUCCGGCGGUACGGAAAAAUCGCGUUUCGCAUUAACAACAACAUCAAUAUAAAUAUCGUCAUAAUAACAAAAUAAUAACAACAACAACAUAUUACGCGCACACCAUGUUCCGCACGCCAACGUCCGUCCGGCGACGACGUAGAUUACAGUGUUAUUGCGACGGCCGGCCCGCGAAAUUUUACAAUCAUCCGCGCGCGCGUUAUCACAGCCGCCGUCGGUUUAUUUAUUAUUGUCGUCGAGACGCUUUAUUUAUUUCCGUUGUUUACCCCUACCCGAGAGGCACUGUACCUGCCGCGAUGUCGGAUACCCGCGGAGACGGGCCGGCGACGUCGGAAAACGAAUUAUUAUUAAAACGUCGUAAACAAACCGCGAGCGUAUCGUUUUUAUUUCGCGGGUCUACCGGUGGCCGGACACCGGACGGACCGAUCGUUUUUACAGUAAUAUCGUAUUAUAUUAUAUUAUCAUUAUCGCGUAUGGUCUUACGCGCGCGCGGCAAUCGUCCCUGCACUGCGGCUGUUGUGGUCGUGUAGGCCUUUUUCACACCGCCACCUUCGACCAUAACGGUUUGUGCUCGUCAUGAUCAAGUGUUGUUUUUAUUCGUUUGUGUAGGACGUAACGACGAUCUGAUCGUGUUAUGGACGGUAUGGUAGAAGAAAAUGGGACUGGCGGUUCAGUUGACGCCCUCGUCUCACAGGGUACCGGCAGUCCGAUUGUCGUCACGUCGGUGCACUCAGUCAUUCAAGCGAACCAACAGUCAGUCAUCCAGACUGCAACGCAAGGCACCAUGCUCACCAAAGGCAACGUUAUAUUGUUAAGCAAACCGAAUUCAGUCAUACAAACCCCUCAAGGAAAUAUACAAACUCUUCAGGUAGUUGUUGAAGCUGGUAGUGAUGAAAGCUUAUCAGCAAACGAGGAUAGCCCCAAAAGAGGACGCCACGAUGCCUUAACAAGAAGGCCGUCUUAUCGGAAGAUCCUGAAUGAUAUCGCAGGCGGAAAAGUUGAAUCAUCUGGUUCAGAUUGCGAUUCAAAUCUUGACAGCGAAUUAUCUUCAAAUUCACUGUCUGCUCAUUACCAAACUGUUCCUGGAUCAAUUCAGUUAAAUAGCCAAGGUGAAAUGCAUAAUAUGCCAACAUUAACAAUGUCAAAUGCAACUUCUACUGGUGGUACUAUAUUGCAGUAUGCAAGUCAGGAUGGACAAUUUUUCGUACCUGUUGUUACACAAGGAGGGAGUUCCACUUUAAAUACAAGUUCUUUGGUACCCGAAGACCAAGUUAAAAAACGUGAAAUGAGACUAUUAAAAAAUAGGGAAGCAGCAAGAGAAUGUAGAAGAAAAAAGAAAGAAUAUAUUAAAUGCUUGGAAAACCGAGUAUCUGUAUUAGAAAAUCAGAAUAAAGCACUUAUUGAAGAGUUAAAAGCGCUAAAAGAACUUUAUUGCCAAACAAAGACUGAAUAGACAUAGUUUUUGAACCUUCAAAUUUAAAAGAGAAAACAAAGUACCAGUCAUGACCAAAAUUGCAUGCUUAACGUGAUAUUUUCAAAAAUCUUGUAAGCUCAUUUUAACUUAUAUAAUAUGUUUAAAUCUUUUGGUUAUGUUUUUGGAAUUAAGUAAUUUUUAAAAAUGGUUUAUUUUUGUUAAAAUCCAAAAAAUUAGUUAAAGGGUCAAUUGUGCAGUUAAAUGGGUGGCCAAUUCCGUGUAAACGAUUAUUUUAGUGCAUAAUUGUCAACUACAUGACAUCACAGUAAUUUUUGUUCAUAUAUUUUCAAAGAAUUUAUGAGCUUUUAUAUAAUCUAUGCAGUUACAUAAUUUUAUAUUGUGAAAUUUGAAAUUAAAAAGGGGGUUUCUUUUUACAAUUAGUGUUGGCUACAUUUUUUAAGUGUCAAACAAAAGAAUUUAUGUGGUAAUUAUGGGGUUUGUUUAAAUUAAAAUUAUUUUUUCCUUAAAUUUACUUGUUAAAAUGUACUAUCCAGGUUUGGUUAUGAUAAAUGAAUGGACUAUUUUUUAUAUAUACAAUUCUCAAAAUAUUAAGUUACCUGUAUGGUUAUUUCGAUUUAAGAUAUAGGUAUAUAUUAUAUAGAUUAUAUAUAUGAAUAUAUAAAUAGGUUGGUUUAUUUUAUGUAUUCAAAUGUAUUACCAUUUUUUAAGCAUUGAUAUUUGCCAUAAUUUUAUUUUAUAGACAUCAGUUCAUGAGUUUUACAGUUUGUUGAAAAAAAGGGUGUUAACUAAUAAUAUUUUACAGGGGAAACAAAAUUAAUGUUUCAAAAAUAGAGAUUGAUUUAAUUAUUUAAUUUAUUUCAUCUAUUUGUAAAAUAAAAAUAAGUUUUUAUUAAUAUUUAAAAUAUUAUGCUGGAAACAGCUUAAACAACGAUAAUGUUCCACAAUAAUGAUACUAAUUGCUUAUCUCCAAGUUCUUAUAAAACUUUUUUUAUCUAAAUAAAACUUGGGAUUUAACUAUUUAGUUUUAUAAAUUAGUUCAUAAUUAUCCCCUGUUUGAUGUUAAUAUUGGAAUUGACUACCAUUUAUCAUUUAACAAAAGUUGAAGACCUCUUUCUGUAUACAUAUUCUAUAUUAUAUAAAUAUAUAUAUCGGUAUAAUUGUUAAAAUGGAACAAUAAAAUAUUUUGGUAGAAAUUAGAUAUCUUUAAUUUGUUUAGUGUAUAUAGUUAUUUUUAGACUUGUUUUAUUAUUAUUUUUAAAUGUAAAUUGAGCAUAAAAAUGUAAUUUUUUUAAUGUAAAUUUGUUGUCUAUUAGAAAAAAGAUUAUUUAUGAAUAUAUUAUGAAUUUGUUAAAUAUUGUGUAUGGUGUAUAAUCGAUAAUCAUGUUUCAUGUAUAUAUUUAUAUAUGAUAUGAUAAUGAUAAAUAUUUUUAAUACUAUUUUGAUAAAAAAAAAAAAUCCGUUGAAGUUUAAAAUGGUUACAACUGUUUAUAUAAAUGUAGACUUAAUGGUUGAAUUUCUUCAAUCUAAACUUUGAAAACAAACCAAAGAUAAUGAAGCUAUUAACCAAUUUUUAUCAAACAGAUUUUUGAUUAUUUAUUCUAAAUUUGUUAAAUAGAUAACUAAUUUAUAUUAUAAUUUAUUUGUUUAUUUUGUUAUUCUUAAUUUGUUUUAUCUUUGUUUAGAUAAAGGGAUAAUGUUGUUAUGGUAUAUCUACUUAUAAACUUGUAUAAUUAUUAUUUUUGUAAUCCUAUUUAGUUUUAUUAGUGUUUUUCCUUAGUUCAAAUAAAAUGUUAUUUUGAAUGGCAAAGGUGAACGCAGGGGAGAGAGUUAAUCCUCUUAGAAAUAUCUGGAAAACAAAAAAAAAAAUAUUUAUUUAUUUCAAAAUUUCCCGCAAGAAUAAAAUAUACAUUUUUAAAAACUUAUUCCUGCGUUUUCCCCUGUCAAAUAGAACUAAAAUUUCAAACAGACUGUUUAUAAUCAUUUUUUUUUUAAAUCUUAAUUGUUUAUCAAUAAAAAAGUAAUUUCAAUA